CAAGGGAAUUUCAUCUUGGCCGUCCAUCCUGAUCAUCACCUCAUCUCAGUCGUCUAGCCCUUCCCACCUGUCAGCCCUGAGCUUGAGCGACUUGUGCAGCUUCGACUGUCCGCCAGGCGCUGCUGCUGCUUCGACUGUCCGCCAGGCGCUGCUGCUGCUUCUUCUGCAGCGAAUGGCGAAGAAGAAGAGCAAGCGUGCUGCAGCGCCAACAGAUGCUGCCAAGGGCUCAGCUGCUGAGGCUGCUAAUAAGUCGGCUGCGCUUGCAUCAACGCCUGUGGAAGGGAGGGAGGCGGACAAUGAAGGGGCGGAAGAAGAAGGGGUUCAGCAGGCGACGGAGAGCAGGCGAGUGCAGAAGAGGGCUGCCAAGCAGACGAGGCUCAUGGACAAUUUGAGGCGAACUCAGACUCUCAUUGCUGCUGCGAGGGGAGACUCAAAGACCAAGAAGGCAUCUAAGAAGAAGAAGAAGGGAGCAGUGUCCAAUUUGCCAACGAGCCUCACACUGGACACACUCGCAUCAUCGCUGGGGGACGCCCUGCCGGACGCACUGGCUCUGGGCAAGGAGGGGGAGAAGCGGCUGUCAGCGAAGCAGCGCGGGAAGAUUGUAGUCGAAGAGACCAAGCAAAUGGCGGCCGUGCUGUCACACCCCGCCUUCAAAGCCAACCCCUUCACAGCCAUUCAGCAGCACCUCUCAAACACUCUUCCCUCGGCAGUCGCCCCGCCCCCUCUCCCUACCAAGUUCGCAACGAGGCAAGCCCAACAAGCCUUGGAGAAGAAGAAGAAAAAGAAGAAGGCGAAGAAGAAAGCAAGCGGAGUGCAGGGGGAAGAUGCCAUGGAGAUGUGA